AUGACAUCUGAAACGGGGGCGCCGGUGGCUAACUCAACUGACUCUACGCUGCUGGAUCUGGCACGCGCCGGCGAUCGCAGAGCCCAGCAAACCCUGGUGAAUAAUCACCAAAAUGAUGUGUUUUACCUGGCGCUGGGUUUAAUUGGUCAGCGUAGUGACGCGGAGGACGUGAUGCAGGAAGUCAUGAUAAAAGCACUGAAGGGUCUGAAAAAAUUCCGCGGUGAAUCCGGAUUUGCGACCUGGCUAUACCGGAUCACCCACAACGCCUGCCUGGACUGGCGACGCCGACAGCGCUGGCGCCAGACCACCGACUCCAUUGAUGACAAUCCGGCUCUGCUGGAGAGCUGGCAAAAUGAGCAGCCCGCUGACCACCCAGAGCGAGUCUCUGACAACCACGAACUCGGCAAGGAUCUGCUGUCAGCGUUAGAAAAACUGACUCCGGCGGAGCGGGGAGUGUUCGUUAUGCGUCACUUUCAACAGCUAUCCACGCGAGAAACCGCUGAUCUGCUGGGUAAAGCGGAAGGGUCAGUGAAAAACCUGCUGUUUCGGGCGGUUCACAAGCUGCGCCAGCAUCUGGCUAGCCAUGCUCCAGGAGCACAAACACUAUGA